AAAUAAUCAUGUCAAAUAAAGAACAAGACUAUUAUGAGGUUUUGGGAGUUAGUAAAACAGCCUCCGACGAUGAAAUCAAAAAGGCUUACAGAAAAUUAGCCAUUAAGUGGCAUCCAGUAUGUUUUUAGAAUACUAUUUUAAGGAUAAAAACCCCAAUAAUAAACAAGAAGCUUAAGAGAAGUUUAAAAAAAUUGGAGAGGCUUACUCUGUAUUAUCUGAUAAAGAUAAACGAGCUAUUUAUGAUAGAUAUGGUCACGACGGGUAUGCUAAUCUAAUAUUUAUUUAUUUUAGUUUAAAAAAUGGGGGUGGUGCUAGUUAAUUUUAAGGUUUUCAUGGAUUUAGUAACUUUAAUGAUGGAUUUGAUCCAUUCAAAUAAUUUGAGAGUUUCUUUAAAAAUUUUGGAAUGGAUGAUGAUGAUGAUUUUGGGUUUUUCUUUGGAAGAGGUGGAAGCAAAAAAAAUAGUAACAACUCCUAAAGAAGUCCUUUUGGAUUCUCAGGAUUUGGAGGAUUUGGAGGCUUUGGUGAUGAUGACUUCAUGGGAAUAGGAGGAGGAUAAUUCUAAUCUUUUUAAUCUUCAAAUUUUGGAGGAGGAUAAUUCUAAUCAUUUUAAUCUUCAAAUUUUGGAGGAGGAUUUGGAGGAGCUACAUCAAUAUCUACUUCUACUUCAACGACGAUGCAGUACAAAUUCAUUAUUAAUAACAUAGAAAUGGUCGUAAAGUUACAGUCACAAGAAAGACAACAACAAAGGCUGAUGGAACAACCGAGGUAGUUGAAACUAUUGACAAUGGAGGAAGAAAGGAAGAGAAAAGAUAUUCAUUGGAAAAUGGAUAAAAAUCUAAUGGAUCCAAAUAUAUAAAGCAUCAAUGACUUACCCA